AUGAAUGGCCUUGACUUAUUAACGGCCGCUGCAACUCUGGAGCAAGCAUCUCCUUCUGUCCGAGGUGGUGGUGGUGUUGUUUUGUCCUCCGAUGAACAACAACAACAUGCCUCUUCCUCUUCUGCAAUUAUACCAACAUCAAGAAGUACGAUCACUUCUCAGCAACCAUCAUCAUCAUCAUCACUGGUUGUAGUAGUCAAUGAUGGUACCAUAGAAAUUGAAUGUUAUCAGAUUCCUUCCGCACAUGUCUUGCAAGACAAGUACAAUCAGAAACCUGGUCGUAAAACCAUGAAGGAAAUUCAGAAAGAACAAAACAAAGAUGUAUUCCAAAUGAAAACUAGAGUUUCAAAACUUCUCAAGAAUGGAUUAUUCCUACUCAAGAAUUUACGACUGUAUUUGCAUGUCGAGAGUGGUUUUUUAUAUCCUGGAAUAUCGACUCGGGAUGGAGAUUUGUUUUUUCCGGUUGAUAAGAGUCAACUCUUGCAAGCAAUCAAAAUUGUUGCACCAGAUAUUGAAGAUGAGAAUUUACCACAAUAUCAUGUCAAUGUGAAUGGAAAGGGAUUUAAAUUGAAUGGAGUCAAAUACUCCAAGCAAGAUGUGGUCUCAUUGAUUGUACUUUUGAAAAACUCGUCCACCAAUUAUGAAGAAUCUUUUAAGAACAGAGAACGAAAGUUAAUUCUGCUCUCACCACCAACGUAUUAUCCUCGAUUGUGUGGUGAGAAUGAUCCCAGAGCGAUCAAAUUGAAGCAAAAGAUUCAACAACAAGAAAAGAAUAAUGCCACCACAUCAUCACUUGGUGAUGAACGAGUAACAUCCACAUCAAAGAGAAAACAUGGCAAGGGCACGAGUAGUAGUACAGAAAGUAGUAGUGGUGAUGGCAGUGGUAGUGACUCAGAGAUGAGCCAUGAAUUGAUGAUUUCCGAAAUUCCUCAUCCACAUUCACCACCAGCGAUCGUUUUGUCACAAGAUGCUGUUUCUGGUACCACCACACAAGAACCACCAAAGAAGAAAAAGAAGCAAUCAAAUACAUCACCGAUGAGCAAGACAAAAAGACUGGAAAUAAUGAAUACCGUCUCAGAAAAUGAUGAGGAGACACACACAGCAAACUCUUCCGUGCAAUCUCCAUUAAUGCUUGUAGAAGAUAAGUUGAAUGAAAUUCAGUCGCUCAUUUCAGAAACGUCAACUCAAACCUAUUGUAACAAUAAUCAUCUAACCUUGGAGGAACUUGUUGAGAAAACGCCUUUAUCUUCCUCGACCAUCUCAUUGGAAUCAUUAAUUGAAUCAUGCAACAGUUUAGAUAAGGAUUUCCUCGCUUUGAUGGGUGAACUCAUGGAACGUGAGUUGUUGCCGUGGAUGUACGGAUGGCAACAUUAUCUUCGACGAUCGUAUGACUAUGCUCUUGAGAAAGAUCCUACCAUUAUCUACAAAUUCUUGGAUAUGCAUCGUGAACUUUUCGGAAAUAAUCCCAAUUACAAAAUAAAAGAUAAAAUUUGA